GGUUCAAACAGGGAAAUGCUUCACACGAGCAGCGAUUAACCACAUGAGGAAUGAACUUGCAGUUACAGUGACGGAAGCGAAAAUCUUGGAAUCAUUUAGGUCGCUGCGACGGGAGAAGGUCGGACGGAGAUGGGCUGAAUGGACUUCCUCAGCUGUAGUCAUCUGGCCAUUUAAGGUUACCCAAGGUUCAGGUGUUGCAAUCGGAAAUGUUGGCUGGAGGUGGGGCAGGAGCUCCAGAGAGAGAGAGAGAGAGAGGCAAGUAAGAGCUGGAAACUCGGGCGCUCGCCCCGUGCAGCCAGCUAUCUAAUUCAAAUCUUUAAUAAAAGUUGGGGUUUAGAAAUUUCAGCAGCUUCUGUUGUGAAAAGAAGUUUCCUUUUGCUGAUUUCAGUCGAGCUUUUUGGUGCCAAGAGGAAGCUAAAAUCUGCGGAGAUGAAUUCUGUAUGACUUGGGAUUAGCUUUUAAAAUAUAAGAUAUACCCAGUGUAUAUCACAGUGACAAUUAAAGGAAUUCCCCCUACAGUGCGCCUGCCUGGGGAUCCCCAUCAGUUCUGGUCAAGGCUGUACCAGAAUUGUGCUCCAAUGCUGAUCUUCUGGAAGUUUCUAAGUGAGAGGUUUUGAAGUGUGUGAUCUGUCUCGAACACCUUUUGGACUUGUUGGGAUCUUCAAUGCUCAGAACUAUUUAACCCAAGUUUCUCAAGGGUCAGAGAAGCGUGAGUCUCAGUGCCUGUUGAUGCAGCGAUGGAGAGGCUACAGUAUCUUCCAGCCGUCUCUCUGCUGGCUGGCGCCAGGAGCUCCACUCAAGUUGAUAACACCACAAGCCCAAAUUCCACAGAGGCACCUGGAUCAGACGUACCAAUUGCUGCCAUUGUGGCUCCCUGUGUGAUCGGUGGUGUGCUGCUCAUCGUCAUCAUCCUCGCCGUGGUCUUCAUAAAGCUGAAGGGAAAGCGGAGAGAUGAGGGGACAUAUAACCCUAGCCAGCAGGAGCAGAUUGGGGCACGCACACAAGUCAGCCAUGGCCUGAAGCUGCCCCCGGAGGAGAGGCUCAUCUAAUGGUCUUGCACUGUCUUAGCCGCCGCAAUGGAAUGAUAACUAGAGAAAGAUGCUUUGUAGAGUGCUGUUAAUUAGCAGUGAUUCUAUGACCUUUACCCUUUUAAAAUUGAUUUUAUUUUUGUUGGGUUAAAGAUGAAGGAUAUUCAGUAGUCACUUGUAGAUUACGAGACACAGUAUCUCCCUUUUUAUUUAAUGUUCUCAGGUUUGUACCGCAUCACUAUUCGAAGGAUCCAGUUACAUUACACUGCUGCUCUCUGGGUCAAAUGGAAACUCUUAGACAUGGCAAGCCAAAAUUGGCCCCAAGUGCCAAGCAACAAUCCUACCUGUAUUGAACUGUUGAGGGUCCAGCUGCCCUGUGUCAGCUGCUGGAAGUGGGGUACCCGACCCUGCUGAAUAAAGACAUUCAGGCCAGUGUGCCCUAGAGGUUUCCCAUCUGAGAUUAUUCUUUUAAGAAGAAACAAAGAAGCAAGGAGCUGACCUGCAUUGUAACUGGGACCAUUGUAGCAUACACUGUCCUUCUAAAUCAGAAAUAGAACCAAAAUGAAGACCCAGCACCGCUCGCAAUUAAAUCUACAAUGCAGCAAAAUGAAAGUUAGUGCUCAGCAAUCAGCAGUAACCACUCCGCAAUCUCACUGUUUUUCCUGUUAUCCCACUUUUUAUCUCCCCCCCCUCCCUGUAUUUAACUAAGCAGGCAAUCUUCUGAACCUGUGGAUCGUCAGUGGAUUAACAAAUGUAGUUACAGUACAAAUUUCAGUCAUGCAGGUGACAUCAUGAGGAACUUCAGUUGCCUUCAGUGUGUUAUGUAAUUUAAAAGAAUAUUUAAAUUAAUUUUUGAGAUUGUGUUUUAAAGAACCCCUGUUUAACUCUAGUUGCAUCAAUAGGUCAGUAACCUUCAAGAUGUUGAGCUUUGGGAUAUCAGGACUUUCCCAUUGUAUGGGCUGGCUUCAUGUUACUCUGACCUGUGGCACAGUCUCAAUUUGAGACUCAUGACAGACUCUGUGGUUGUUUAGCCGAGCGGAUCUUCUAUGGUCGAGCUUGUUGGAUGCUGAAAGAUUUGAUGUUUUAUUGUCAGGCUGAGUGAGAACGAAAUAAGGAUGCAGAAUUUGGAAAGAGAUUUGUAUGAGAUGUGCUCAGAGUAAAAGAUAAUUAAUGUCUUCUUGAUGGUUUCUUGGGAAAUUUGAAGCAAAUAUGUUAUUUUUUCUGUGGCUGAUCUUGAUGUAACUGUCUUGCACUAGAUAUAAAAAAAUUACAUAAAACUAUCAAAUCUUCCUGGAUCACGGUAAGUAAGAGGUUCUGUUGUUCAAGGCCAGGAGCCUUAUAUAAUGCAAAAUAGAAUGUAAAUAUGUUUCUCUUCAAGGCUACAUUGUCAAAUUGCUGUUGAGUAAACACUGGUUAAGUUUAUAUCAAGGUCAAGAGAUUGCUGCUGUUAAAUAAACACUGGGUGAAUUUAUACAGAUCAA